CGAAGAACUAAGGACUUCCACGGGAUAUGUGAUGAGGUCUCAGAUGAAAUGCAGCGUAUGGGUGUGACAUUCUGUGAUCACGACGGCACCAUCCGCCUAGACACUGUACGCCAAGCAGCUGCCAACACGGGAAAGGGAGGGUUUCUUUACUUGGAAACCCUGAGCAUCGACGAGCAGUAUAGAACACCGGACAGUGCAGAGAAGUUCGCGGACCGUUUGAACGACACGUUUGUGGGUGCGACCGCUCUGAGGCUUCUGGCAGAGCGACAUCAAAGGAUGCACGUUGUGCUGCUACACCACUGACUUUAGAGGGUACAUGACGUAAGGGGAGAAGUGGGGAGAGACCAAACGGAGAAUUGUCGAGAGGAAAGGACAGUCAGAGGAAGAGCGGAUGGCGGGUCUGAAGAGCCUUUGUCACUUGGACAUGGUGCAGGAA